AGCCAACUACGGAAGAAUCAUAAACCAGAAUCACAAAAACAAAAAAAAAAGUAUCAAUUUUUUUUGGUGUGGAAGUUUUUAGCAAUUUUUGUUUCUUCAAAAUCUUGAAAUUGGAGCUAGAAGCCUAAAAACAAAAAGAAAACAGAUUAGUGAUGGCGGUUCGAGGUUUAAUAAUCUUUGUUGCAUUACUCUCAAGCUUGGCGGCAUCUUGCUAUGGAGUCAUGUUCCAUGAGCUUGCUCAUAGUCUCACCGUCUCUUCUACUCCCUCUGGCCAAGCAAAUGUAAAGGCAGGGAAAGAUCAAAUAACAGUGACAUGGGCCCUAAACAGAAGCAUAUCCGGUGUCGAUACAUCAAUCUACAGGGAGGUAGAAGCAAAGUUAUGCUACCAUUUAGAAAGCCAAAAAGACAGGCCAUGGAGGAAAACUGAAGAAGAAAUGGCAAGAGACAAAACCUGUCAAUUCGCAAUCGUUAAAAGGCCGUACACUUCAUCAAGUGACUCAGUAACCUACACUAUUAAGAAGGAUGUUCCAACUGCACAUUACUUUAUCCGAGUCUACGUUCGUGACGGUCCUGGUGGAAAACUCAUCGCUUACGGUCAAACCACCGGUUUAGACUUGUUUGUCGCCGGAAUCAGUGGCCGUAGCGCCUCCAUUGAUAUUGCUGCUUCUAUAUUCUCUGCUUUCUCUGUUAUUUCUCUUGGCUUUUUCUUCUACUUGGAGAAGAAGAAGUCUAAGAGGGCAACUUAGAUUAUAUUUUUCCAGCCAACGGAAAAAAAAAACCUAAGGGUUAAAUUUCUUUUGCAUUACUUUACUUUGUGAGGAAAUUAUGUGUUAUUUUCUUAUGUAUUUACUUGAUGAAAUUUGUGUAAUAGGCUUUUGGCUUCAACUACACCAUAAAUCAUCUUUUAACCAAAAUAUAUGUUGUAAUCUUUUGUUGUUUGGCAAUUAUGUCAAAUGUUAGAAUUUUGGAGAAAUGAUUUGGUUAAAAAGCUUUUAAGUUUUAACCCAAUAAUUAUUUUAAUA